AUGGCGCCACAAAACAAGACUGACCGCUCCUUUGGCGCCUUGACGCCUGCUCUUUCAGAAUGGAUCCUCGAGGCUGUGGAUUCCAUGGGUUUUGUGAAGACCACACCUGUGCAACAUGCGGCCAUCCCUAUGUUUAUGAAAAACUCCGAUGUUGUAGUUGAAGCCGUGACGGGAAGUGGGAAAACUCUAGCUUAUUUGAUACCCAUUGUUGAGCGUCUGCUUCGAUUAGACGCGCCCAUUAAGAAGCAUCACGUGGGAGCCAUCAUCAUAUCGCCAACCAGGGAGCUAGCAACGCAGAUCCAUACUGUAUUAUCGUCACUCCUUCGAUUCCAUGCCCCCUCGGCUGCUUUAUUGGAUCCUGAGGAUGAAGACACCGACAUGGAGGAUGCCGGCGCCCCUCCGAAACCAACUUUCCCCCCAGGCACGCUCAAAGUCGUGCCCCAAUUACUCCUCGGUGGAUCGGUAACUCCAGCCCAAGAUCUCAGUAGGUUCCUGAAGUCAUCCACUAAUGUACUGAUUGGCACACCUGGUCGGCUUCUUGAGCUCCUCUCUUCACCGCAUGUCCAUUGCUCACAGUCAUCCUUCGAUGCUCUCGUCCUUGAUGAAGCCGAUCGACUUCUGGAUUUGGGAUUCAGUGCGGAUCUCCAGAAGAUUCUAUCCCGGAUACCCAAGCAACGCCGAACCGGUCUCUUUAGUGCCAGUGUGAGUGAAGCAGUCGACCAGCUUAUCCGUGUGGGUCUCCGGAACCCUGUUCGAAUCGCGGUCAAGGUCAAAGCACGAGCUGCUUCCAACGGCACCACAGGAGAAGCUGGAGUUAUCGAAGACCGAAAAACUCCGGCGAGUUUGCAAAUGUCUUAUCUUGUCAUGCCUGCUUCGCAUAAGCUUCCGGCCAUCAAGAAAGUAUUGUCUUCAAUGCAACCGCAACCACAGAAAUCCAUCAUGUAUAUGGCGACAUGCUUCUCUGUCGAUUACUUCCAGCACGUGCUUCCUGAGUUGCUGAAGGGUUUUACCAUUGUACCCUUGCACGGCAAGCAUCCUGACAAAGUGAGAAAAAGGAACUUUAUAAAAUUUGUUGACUCUGUCACUCCUACCAUACUUCUAACGACCGAUGUGGCAGCACGAGGACUGGACAUCCCCUCAGUUGAUCUCGUUCUGCAACUUGACGCCCCAAGUGAUCCGAAAACAUUCAUCCAUCGCUGUGGUCGUGCAGGUCGUGCAGGCCGCAGAGGACUUGCUCUUACAUUCCUUAGCCCUGGUCGAGAGGAAGAUUAUAUUGAAUUCUUACGAGUUCGACAUACGCCGAUAUCUCCCUUGACAACCCCAAACGUUGAGGUAACUGCGGAAGAAGCAGAAGCAAUGAGUAAUCGCAUAAGGAAGGUGGUCAAGUCAGACAGAGCACUUUUCGAUAAAGCACAACGAGGCUUUGUAUCCUGGGUCCGCGCAUAUAGCAAGCACACUGCUAGUUCAAUCUUCCGCAUCCCAGAUCUCGACUGGACAGAGCUAGGUAACGCAUGGGGCCUUCUCAAGCUUCCAAGCAUGCCAGAGCUGAAGAAAUGGGAUGGAGACCGGAGUCUGGGUGUCACCAUGGACUUCAGCACUUACGCAUACAAGGACAAAGCACGUGAGCAACAACGACAAGCUGAGCAGCAAGAAUACGAAGCAACCAAGGCGGAAGGCAAGAAGCGAUAUGUAACUGAAGACAAGAAGGCAUCGGCGUGGACCCAGCAAAAGGACCAGAAAGCCCUGAAAGAGCUAAGAAGAGAGAAGAAGGCAGCAAGGCGCGAGCAUGACCGGGUAGCAGCUUUGACAGAAGACGAGCGAAAGGAAGAAGAGAGACUGAAAGGCAUGAUUGAACAGAUGCGAAAGAAGGUUGCAGAAAAAGAAGCACAAGAUGCGGCAGAUGAGUUUGAAGGGUUUAGUGAUUGA